UCAUGGCGAAGGACAAUAAAGUGUUAUUGAAGGAAGCUCGAGACCUUUUGAAACAGAAGGAAUACUUAAUUGUAAUUAAAAUAUGCAAAAAAAUUUUGAAGGAAGAAAAAAGCAAUUACAAUGCUUUAAUUUUUAUGGCAGCUGCUAUGCAAGAAGUAGAAGAUUUAAAGAAUCAAUUGUUGAUACCUUUAAAGAAAGCUAUUGAAAUUCAGCCCGAUAAUCCGACGGCUUGGUAUGGAUUAUUAAAAUUCUACGAAGGACAAUCGGAUAUAGCUGAAACAUGGAAUGAAUUAAUUCUUAUUUACAAUAAGCUCCUAACUUUAUAUUGUGAUCCAACAAAGUUAAUGCAUUAUUUAAAAGCUCUUUCGAUUAAUCUAUUAAAAUUGAAAGAUGAGAACGCUCUAAUGGAAAGUGUAGAUAUCAUUUGUAAAUUAAGGGAUAACGAGAACUUGGACGAAAAUGUAAUUAAAGAGAUAAAUGAAAUAUUAGCAUCUAUUUUAACACAGUAUCCAAAGCUUCCUCGCAGUUUCGAUGAAAUAUUAGAACAAAUUUUGGUUUCUAUUGUCGAAGCGGAGGAUUCUAUAAAUAGGCAUGAUUAUUAUAAGAAAUAUUUAAAGUUACUUUAUAAAUCCGAACAGUAUAUUAAACUUUUGACCGAGGCUAUUAAAAUGCACAAGAUUUUUAAUCAAGAUAUUUAUCCAUUAGAAUGGAUUUGUAGGGUGUAUUCGGAGUAUAGUAUAACUUAUUAUACUUACAAAGAUAUCGAUAUCACUGUAUACUAUGAAACAUUAUUAGAUCACGAUCCUGAAUCUCUACUUGGAUAUUUUGCAAAAGCAGUAUAUUUCUAUGAAAUUAAAAAUCUUAUUGAUGCGAGAAAUAUUCUUAGUCAUUUAGUUAAUGUUAAAUCAAAAUGGUUUCAUGCCUGGCUCUUACUGAGCAAAAUUGAUAUUAUGCUGUAUUGUUGGGAAGACGCUGAAAUUGCUGCGUUACAUGCGCAGAAACUCAUACCAGAAGGAAGCUCUUGUGAUUUGAAUAAUACUAUUAAUUUAUUGCUUCUGGAAUCUCUUAUUAAAAAUUCUAACAGAACUAAAUGGAAGAAGGCUGAAGCUAAAUUUGACGAAUUAUCCGAUGGUUCGGUAAAAAGUUCGAUUCUACGUGCACACUUGUAUGUUUUGUUAAGAGAUCCACGUGCAAAAGAUUUAAUAAAUAAACUAAAAGAUAAUCCAGACACAAAAGUUGAAGCAAUAUUGCUUCAUGCCAUUGAUUUAUUACAACAGAGACAUUUAGAAGAAGCUGCGGAUGUGCUAGGAUCUAUUUUGGAAACAUCCGAAGUAUGGCUAACAUUGGGAAAAAUUCAUUGGGAAAUGGCUGAUUAUGGGCAUAGUUUGAUGGCUUUCUUAAAGGGUAUACGUGCUGAUAGUAAUAAUUGGGAGUGUUUAGUUUAUUUAGGACAAUAUCAUCAAAAACAUACAAAAGACUACGAACGUUCUCGCAAAUGCUUCCAAAAAGCUUUACAAAUUAAUCCUAACUCGGAGGAAGUUGGUAUUGGAUUAAGUUUAGUGCACAAACUUUUAGGAAAGACCGAAGAAAAUAUACAAUUUCUGACCCAAUUGACCAACCAAGGUAAGGGUCCAAAAUGGGCAUUACUGCAGCUCGGAUUACAAUAUCUCGAUCAGCAAGAUGCUAUAAAAGCAGUUUCAAUUCUUCGUAAUGCCGUAAAGAUAGAUCCAACAGACAGCAAUUGCUGGGAGUGCUUAGCCGAUGCAUAUUUAGCUAGGGGAGCUUAUUUAUCUGCUUUGAAAUCAUACGAGCGAGCUUCAGAAUUGAAUUUGGACUCCGUCUAUUCUAUGAUUCAACUCUCUAAUAUCAAACUGUUAAUAGGCCAAUAUGAUUUGGCAAAAAGUGCCUUUUUGAACAUUCUGGAACACCACGAACAUAAUGUUGCAGCCUUGAAAGGUUUAGCUGAAUGUUAUUUUAAAAUUGGUAAAGAGCACGCCUUAGCUCAACGUUUAGCUCGAGCAAGAGAUGAUUUUCAAGAAGCUGUGGAUAGUAUAACAAAGUGUAUCAUGCAGCGGAGCGACUUUUUGUGCAAUUGGAAAUUAUUAGGUGAUAUUUGUUGUUAUAUAACGACUUUGCCAGAAAAGUAUUGUUUCCUAAAUGUGAUCUCGGAAUUAAUUCAAUCUGAUACUCAAGAAAAAACCGUACUAAUCGAACGAAAAGAACUAUUUUCAUUAGCAACAAGGUGCUAUUGUAGAGGAUUGAAUCUGUCGGAGAACUCAUCACUUUUGUGGCACGAUUUGGCUCAUUGUUACCUGACUCAAUUACAUUUAGAUCCUUCUGUCGAUCGAAACGACAUAGUUCUGAAAUGUCUAGCAGCAGCCAAAGAGGCAGUGCAAAUAAAUCCUUCUUAUUGGUUCCAUUGGAACGUAUUAGGUGUAAUCUGUAUGGCAAAUGAAAUAAAAAAUUAUGCUCUAGCUCAACAUAGCUUUGUCAUGGCUAUUGAAAUAGAGUCAAAUUCCGUUUCAUGGACAAAUCUUGGAUGUUUAUAUUUACUUUUAGGUGAUCCGUAUCGGGCAAACGAAGCUUUUUCAUGGGCUCAGAGGAUAGAUCCAGCAUACAUUAAUUGUUGGAUCGGCCAAGCGUUUAUCGCUGAAAAUUUAUCACAAAAAGAUGCGCUGGAUUUGUUCCAGCAUGCCACGCAGCUUGGCUAUCAUCACGAAGCGGUGACCGGUUAUGCUCAUUGGGUUUUUAAAACAUUAAUAGAUCCCGAUAUAAAGAAAGACUCUCUUUACACAUACGUCAUUGAAAAGAUGCAUGCCGUAACAGCAGCAUCCGAUGGAAUGCAGUGGUACACGGUUCAUUUCCCAUGUCAUCCAUAUGCAUCAAAUGCCUACGGACUAUUAUUGGAGCGACAAAAACUUUAUAAAUCGUCGGCUAAGCAGUUUGUCAAUGGGUUAAAAUUUGUGGUAGACGCUAAGCAGAAAGAUAUGUUGAAUAUAAAUUUAGCACGUGUGAUGGUGAAUCAGAAAUUCUACGACGAAGCCAUAAAGAUUUGUAUGUCGGUAAAGGAGGCUAGUUUUGUAUCACAUUGUCAAUUGGCUCUGUCAUUAUUCAAAGCGGAGCAUUUUAAAGAGUCGUAUGAAGCAUACGAAGCUGCUCUUGAUUGGAUGGAUGAUUCAGAAUCGAACAAAGCUUACGUAUUGUGUGCGAUGGCAGCAAUGGCUUAUAUGUUUCAAGAAAGUAACGAUGCCAAAACAUUGCUUUAUCAAUCUGUUGGAAUUGAGCCUCCAAUUGUAUCGGGUCUAUUAGCUCUUGCAGCUUUAGGAAUGCUCGAUGGGGACAAAAUGUUGACACAUCUAACGUUAAAAGAUUUAAAGGCUCACGAUAAUAAUCCAGAAUAUAGAAAUCACAUAGCCAAGGUAAUGGCCUACUCAUAUUUAAUACAUAACGACAUGGAAGGCGCCUCUAGAGUAUUUUGCAAGUACAUUCAUCGCUACCCAGAUUCAUCAGAACUUUGGACUAAUCUUGCCAGGAUAUUAUUAAUAAUAAGCGAUGAUUCAUUCAAUAAGUGUGUUAGUAAAGCACUUUUCUUAGGGCGAAAUUCGUCGAACCAACAUAUUGCAAAAAUUACAUGCAUGUCAUCUUUGAGUAAACUCAUUACGUCAAACUCAAAAAUCGGUCUACAAUCUGUAUUAAAUACAGUGCAUUCUUUCCCAGAUAAUAUCAACAGUUGGUCAAAUUUAAUUAGUGCUCUUUUACCAAGAUGGAGUAAAACAUCACAAUUUAAUGCUCAUUGGUUAAUGGUUUUGGCAUCAAGAGUUCGUAAUAAACUGAAGUGCACCAGAAGUAUGGAACAAUGGCUAUUAAAGAAUGAAAAACAAGCGAAUGAUAUUGCUUAUAGUUAAAUAAGACAGAUCUACUUUAUUUAUAGAAAUUGUAAAAUAAAAUUAAAUAUUUAAUAU